AUGGUGUUCAGGCGUAGCUCCGCAGAGGAGCUCUUUCGAACUCUCGCGCAGAUUCCUCCCGCCGAUGCCCAUGGGAAACCAUCAUUUCCUCGCAUUUCAGAGACAUCCGUCAACAUUCACGAUUUGCUUGUAAAAAAAGUGCUCGCAUCGGGAGGCAUUCAUGAAUCGUUGUCGCGAACUGACGACAUUGAUAACGACGGCGACGCGUCUGCUAGCAAAUGGCGGUUCCGGAAGCCGUCGACAUCAUUUUCCGCAUUCCUCGCUCCCCGCGAGUUGCGCCAGCUCGCAGCAGCCGUCGGCUCGCUCGCCGGUCCGGAUCUUUCCAGCGGCGGUGCAGGGGGAGCUGCUGGCGGAACCACCUGCGCGAAAUCCCUCCGCAAGCAUCAUGACGCGUCCGCCUCUUCCGCGCAUGUCUCCGCUCUCCCCGUGCUCAACCUCGCGUUGGACUACCUGCAGGCCAUUCCCGACCUGCUUCUAACCCACGCGGGUUCCCCCGCCUGCCGUGCAAUGCUUGCUUGCUGCCGCUCCGGCGUUUUCCGCGCAUUCCUGGCGGAGCUGCGCCGCUGUGCUUCCGCCGACCCGCUCGUCUUCGGCUCCCCCGUGGGGAAGGCGACGGCGGAGCUUCUUAUGGGCCUGGCGCGCUCGCACGACGCUUUCCUCGAAGCUUCCGCCAGCCCAUCGAGUCGCGACAGCGCCAGUUCGGAUUCCGCGUUCACAGGCGGAACAGCCGCGCGCGCGUCGUCCGCGGGAGCGGACGUGCAGGCGGUAUUGGGGGAGGUGGUUCUGGCGCUAGCCCUGCACUGCAUCCCCGCGGGGCUCGCGGAAGCCGGCGGAACCGACGCGCCAGGAGGGGACACGGCGGGCGACAGUACCAAGAGCGGUGGAAACGCCAUUCUCGCAUUGGCGGAAGCGUUGCAAGCCGUGUUCGACGCGUGGGUGAAGCCGCACGUGGGAGGGGGGAGUGGUGGCGCAGCGGGUUCCGCCGUCGCUCUGGGCAGAAGCAGCAGCAGCGGCGGAGGGGAAGGCGGGCUGGCGGGGGACGAUUCGGACGGGCGCAGACCCUCCGCCUCGAGCGAGCAGCUGACGUCAGGAACCGGAGCAGUGGGGGAAGCGGGGCAUUUGCCUGGUGCGGAGGGGGCGGUGGAACUGGUGGGGGCGGUACCUGUAGGUCCGUGGAGGCUGCAGCUGCUGGCCGGCGCGUUCAGGGUAGCUGCGGCAGUGGUGGGCGGGGAGGAUGAUGGCGCACUGACGGGGAAGCGUGGAGGGGCAGCAGGAGCCGCGGGGGAGAAGGCUCUGGAGAGCGUGGUUGGCCAAUACGUCGCUGCCACGUCAUCUCUGCUGUCGAACUCAAUAAAGCUUUUGCAGCUGCGGCGGCAGGAGGCAGCAGGAAUGUCCUUGGCAGCUCGAGCAGAGGUCGCAGCGAGGCUGCACGCUGCUGAGUCAGCAGCAGCGUUUGCCACGUCAGCGGUGGAGGGGGGGCGGGCGUCGCUGCGGGCGGUGAAGGGCGUGCGGGCGCUGUGCCUGCAGGUGGCUGAUGCCUGCUCCCGAUCCGCAUGGCGCAAGAUCCCCGCAUGUGAGGAUCUCUUCUCAGCGGUGCUCUCAGCAGCAGCCAGGCUGGCCGUGCGGCAGAGCGAGGCGAGCGGGGCAGGGCGGGAGGACGCGGAGGCCGCAGCAUUACAGGAAACACUCCUGCCCAUGCGCUCCCUCGUGCUCGCUGCUGCCAUGCAGAGCCCCAUCCCUGCUGCUUCCCCCACACCCACCCCCACCGCGCACACUGCCAAGAGGCGGGAGCCAAUGCUGGCGAGUGUGGUGGGGGCGUGCAGCUUGCUGCUGCAGGCCACGUGGGCGUCGGGCGACCACUCGCGAGUCAAGUCCUUCCUGCUCUCGCUGGGAUCCUACAUGCGCCAGCCUCCCUCCUCCCAGGACGAGCAGCAGCGUGCCAGCAUGGCGUGUCUGCGCUACAACCUGGCGCCCAUCCUUGUAGAGGUGGCAGCAGCGGCCAGGGGCGCUACAGCCGUGACAGCCGUGGUGCCCCUGCUGCUGGAGGCAGUGCGAGCCCCCAAGGAGGACCCGGCUAUCCGCCACGAGGUGCUGCGCGCGCUGGCAGCGGCAGCGGUGGCGGCAGCAGGCAUGGGGCAGGAGGGGCCGUACCGAGAGGUGGCGGUGCUGCUGCUGUGGGAGUAUGGGCGGGAGGCUGGCGAGGUGCAGCCUCAGGUGGAGGUGCUGUCCUCUGUGCUGGCGCAGCUGGCGUCGGGUCUCUCCCGCCCAUCCCUGAGAGACGACUUCUUGCGCCGCCUGCUCGCCACCUGCGCUGAGGUGGCCCUUGCCACAGAGGCGGAGGGGGGCAGCCGAGGGGCAGAGCUGCUGGGUCCCUUACUCCCAGCGGUGGCAGCAGCGUGUCGCCACGUGGACCCACUGCACCGCCCAGUAGACCCCUCUCUGCAGCGCCUCUUCCGCAACCUCUGCACUGCCGCUGCUGGUUCUCCUGAUGCUGCUGCUGCUGGUGGUGUGCGGGGCGUGUCUGGUUCCCCGUCGCCCACGCCUCCAGGGGUGCUGGCGACGUGCACGGGCGGAGGGGGAGGUGGCAAGUCGGGGGGGAGUGCGGACGAUGUGACCAAGGGGCCGUACGCAUGGCGGCCUGAAUGGGCUGCUUCUAUGAGGCACAUCGCUGCUCAUACUCCUCCACUGGCAGUGGGCGCCUUUUCGCGCCUGGAUGAUGAGCUUGAGCUCGCUGCGCUGCACCGCCCCGGCAGCCAGAGGGGCAGCGGCAACGAGCAGGCGGCUGCCAGGCAGCGCCAGGUGCUGGGCGUGGCCGUGGGGUCAAGGCUUGACGCGAGCGUGAUCAGCAGCAUCACUGGAGUGAAGGCGACCAAUCUGCUGUCCAUCGUGCUGCUCGAGUCUCUCCGUGUCUCUGCUGUGCUCGUCCCCGUCCCCGACACCACCCCCCACUCGUCCGCCCGCGGAGAGGAGACCAGUCAAGUGGCAGCAGCAGGAGACGCAGUAGGGGUGGUGGCGGCACGGCAGCGGUGGGAGGAAGGGAGUGAGAACCGCAGUGCAGUGACGUGUCUGCUGGAGUACAUUCAGAUGCCCAACCCCCGCGCUGCCGUGCGCCACUGCCUCUCUGCUGUUGUUCUCCGUGCCUUCGACGCCCUUCUUGUCGCCAUGGAGCAUGAGCCCAGCGACACGAUGAGGCAGGCAGCCCUCUCCGCGCACGCAUGCGCGCUGCUGGACGCCCUGUGGGACGGGCAGGAGUUUGUGCGCGACACAGCGCGCACCAUGCUCAGCCUGCUGCGCAAGGCCUUCCCGCACCUCCUCUGGCACCCGCGCUGCAUCCGCUCCCUCCUGCGCUUCCACCCGCCGCAACACAUGCUCGCAUCGGUCGGGGAGGCAGCAGCAGAGGCAGCGGCAGGGGUGGGAGGGGGAGCGGGGGGAGGGGAGGGGGAGGAGGAGAUAGCGGAGGUGGCGUGGGAUCUGGAGGCAGCUGCUGCGGCUGAGAGCCUGGCCAUGGACGUGGCUAAGGACUGGCUCGCCACGGCGUUUCUCCUCGCGCCACUUGUCACACAGGCAUUGGUGGAGGAGGUGCUGCGUGGUGGGGACUCAGAUCCAGAGUCAGUGGCGGGGCUGCUCAGUGUGCUGGCAGACAUCAAGCACCGGCCCCGAGGCUCAGCAGCAGACACCUCCCGGUCGCCCUUCACUCUAGCAGCACAGGCCACAGUGGCAGCAGCGCUCAAGGCCCACAGCAUGGGGCAGGUUGCCGGGCUGCUCUCUGCCCUCUCCUCCCUCCCUGCUGCCUCAACCGGCAUAGUGGGCACAGCAGGAACAGCAUCUGUCACUGCUGGUGGAAGAACAGCAGAAAGGCCAUCACAGAGGGCUGCAGAAGGGGCAGCAGAGAGGGCAGGGCAGAAGGCGUCCCUCCCCCCAUCAGUCAGCCCUGGAGCUCCGCCUCAUCCAUCUCCUGGCCCGCACGCCCCUCCGUUUCUUCACCCCCAGUCCCUCCGCGCCUGCUGCCUCGCCUGGGCUUGGCUUCUCGCCGCCCUCCCCCGCCUCUCCGCCCCUCUGCUCGCCCAAAUCGCAGCAGCGUGGGGGGAGACGGUGGCGGGGCGUCGGGGGGUGUUCAGAGCGGUGCAGGGGGAUGAGGAGGGGCCGCGGGGGUGGCUGCGGCCGCUGGUGGUGGGGGGGGUGCCGGAGGGGUUUUCAGACCACAAGGGGGAGGAGGCGCAGGCACUGGAGGAGCUGGGGGCACAUGCUGCUUGGAUCACCUUCAUCUCUGACUGUGCUGAGAUGUACGGGCGGGGCAGUGAGAGCCAGGCAGUGGCCAUCGAGCGUGUGCUGCUCGCCUCGCUCUCAGACAUCACCCGUCUCUCCCGCCACCCUGCGGCCCGCGCGCCCCUGUUUGACCUCUUCCGCCUCGCCCUCUCCUUCGCUCGCACCCGCCUCCUUGUCGCCACCAACCCCGCUCGCACCGCCGCAGCAGCAGGGGCAGGAGCAGGAGGGGCGGCAGUGGCAACGUCUUUGUCAGCAGCAGCGGCAGUGGCGGAUGUGAGCCGGUCUGAUGCUGCUGCAUCGCCCCAUGUGUUCUCGGCACGGUUGCUUCGGGAUCGGGCGCACAGGGCGGUGCUGAAGUGGUUCAGUGUGGACGCGGGGUACUUUGAUGGGUGGCCCAGUGCACACAGGAGGCAGGCAGCAAUGGAGGAGAUGGCAGUCAUGGACGCCUUCAGCAAGGCGCUCGCUGACGAUGAGACCAUGGAGGACGCCUUCUGGCCGCCUCCCGCCGUUGCCGCAGCUACUGCUGCGCUCUCCCCUGCGUCCCACCAGCAGCGCCAUCCAGUGUGGGGCGCAUUCUUCUCGCCGCACCGCUCGCAGGAGAGGCAGCAGCGCCGCCGCCUGCUCGCGCUGCUCACCGCCCACGAGGCCGAGUGCUCCGCCACCUGGGCCUUCCCCCUCGGUGUUGCACCGGACGCAUCACGCACGGCAGCAGCAGCGGCGGCCACGGAUAUCCAGCGCAGCAGGGCGCGCAUCACUGCGUCGCUCUCGCCCAAUGACGUGCCGCCACUUGUGCGCGCCGCAUGGGCUGUGGACCCGCGUGUAGCCGUGUGCCUGGCGCAGCGCUUCCCUUCUGUGAAGGGCAUUCAGGACGACGUGGGGACGCUCAUCCGGUCCAUGCCUCUGCUGGUUCGCUCUCUCCCCGAGGCUCUCCGGUGGGUGGUGACGCCAGCAGCAGUGCAGCAGGACUCGCCUCUCCUGCGCCUGCCUCUGCCCUACUGGGCGCCAUGCUCCGUAGCAGCCGUGCUCAACCUGCUGCUGCCCGCCUUCAAGGGCCACCCACGCGUCAUGGCGUAUGCCUUCAGGGUGCUGGAGGCGUACCCUCCACCUACUGUCACAUUCUUCAUGCCGCAGCUUGUGCAGGCACUCAGAUACGACCACGAUGGGCUGGUGGAGUCGUACCUGCUGCGAGCUGCCCUGCGCAACAUCAUCUUCGCGCACAUCCUCAUCUGGCAGCUGCAGGGAGAAGAGGCAGAUCCCGAGGGGCAGCAGCCGCCAUCUCUUGAAUCCUCCAACGGCACAGCAGCAGAGGGAGGGGCAUCUGGGGAAGGCGCAACUGUAGCAGCAACCAACAUUUUAUGGACGAUAGUCCCGCGGGUGCGGCAGCGCAUCAUCGACAGCUUCAAUGACGAGCAGCGGGCCGCAUUCGACCGCGAGUUCUCCUUCUUUGAUGCUGUCACGUCCAUCUCGGGCACGCUCCGACCUGUGCCCAAGGAGAAGCGCCGGGCUGCCAUCCAGCCCGAGCUGGAGAAGAUAAAGCUGCCAGGAGACGAUGUGUAUCUGCCCACGGACCCCAACAUGCUCGUGCGCAGCAUCGUGCUCGACAGCGGCAUUCCCCUACAGUCCGCCAAAAAGGUGCCCAUCCUGAUAUCCUUCAUGGUGGUGCGAAAGGACGAGGACGGGGUGGUGGACGAGCACAAGCCUGUCAAGCAGGGAUGCAUCUUCAAGGUCGGGGAUGACUGCAGACAGGACGUCCUGGCUCUGCAGGUGAUCGCCCUGCUGAGAGACAUCAACAAAGCGGUGGGCCUGGACCUGUACCUGUUCCCCUACGGCGUGCUCCCCACGGGGUACGAGCGAGGCAUCAUCCAAGUUGUCCCCAACACGCGCAGUCGCAACCAGAUGGGUGAUGUCACGGACGGCGGGCUCUUUGACAUCUUCCAGAACGAGUUUGGCGCCGCCGGCUCGGCUGCGUUCGAGCGCGCGCGGCAUAAUUUUAUUGUUAGCAGCGCUGCGUAUGCUGUGGCGAGUUUGCUGCUGCAGCCCAAGGACCGGCACAAUGGCAACCUGCUAGUGGAUAAUGACGGGCGGCUGGUGCACAUAGACUUUGGGUUCAUCCUCGAGACGUCGCCAGCUGGCAACCUGCGAUUCGAGAGUGCGCAGUUCAAGCUGAGCCACGAGAUGACGCAGAUCCUCGACCCCUCGGGCGACCUCAAGAGCGAGCCCUGGCACCGCUUCGUCGGUCUGUGUGUGAAGGGCUACUUGGCAGCCCGGCGGCAUCAGGAUGCUAUAUUGAACACGGUGCAGCUGAUGCUUGACAGCGGCCUGCCGUGCUUCUCCCGUGGUGACGCCGUUGGCAACUUGAGAAAGCGGUUCCACCCAGAGAUGGGCGAGAGGGAGGCCGCAAGCUUCAUGAUUGCCACUUGCGUGGAUGCCUACAAUAAAUGGACGACUGCUGGAUACGAUUUGAUCCAAUACAUGCAGCAAGGCAUUCAGAACUACAUGACAUCUCUAGAGAAACGUCCGUUCGUGACAAAGGGGAUCACAGCUGGCUUGCUGAACGCACUUGCAGACCUUUUCUGUCAGCUUGUGGUGGAAAAGGACUCAUCCAUUGAUGUUCGAAGGCUGGGAGGCUUCGCUGCCAUUGGACUAUUCAUCGUCGGCCCCGCAUUGCACAUCUGGUACGGCCUGCUUGGAAAGUUUAUUCAAAUUGAGGGUUUCAAAGGAGUUCUUGCUCGAUUGCUCAUUGACCAAGUGAUAUUUUCCCCGUUGUCAAUUGCCACAUUUGUGGGGCUGGUGCUGCUGCUGGAGGGCAAGCCAGAGCGCAUUGUGCCUAAGCUGGAGAAGGAUUUUGUGCCAACAUGCAUCAACAUGUGGAAACUCUGGGUGCCGUUCCAGCUAUUCAACUUCGCCCUUGUGCCUCCACAGUUACAGGUUGGUGCUGUGAAUCUCGUAGGCCUAAUAUGGACUGUCUACAUGUCCUUCGCAAGCCACAAUGAUGUCAGUGAUGCCAAAUCCCAUGGGAAAAAGGAACCUGCAUCUGCCUA